UCUCCUUGCCAGUAGUAAAAAGAAGCCCACGUGGAUAGUGGAUAAGCUGAAAGAGAGAGAGACGGAAGAAAAAGCGAAGAACUGAAGAAGCAAAGAACGAAGAACAAGAAGAAGAGAGAGAGAAAAGAAAAAGGCUGGUUGUGAAUAUAAAGCCCUUAAACCUUGGCUUUCCCUUAACUGAUUCCAUUCCUCUCUUUUGCGACUCUAAACCCUCGCCCCCGCAUUUCUCCUCCGUCGGAUUCCGCAUGAAAAUCCACAAGAGUUUCUCUUCAAUCUGACCUUUAUUCCAACAAAGGAAUGUAUAGAAGCAACAAUGUGGCUGCUAGGAUCUUCGAUCGCCAAAUCGCCACUCCUCCUCCUGGAACCACUUUUCAUUUUGUUAGGCGAUUCUAUGAGAACAUAGUUCCGAAUCAUACUGUUUACGACGUUGAAUGUCCGGACCAUUCCUUUCGCAAGUUCACCGUUGACGGUCAAUACCUAAUUACAUUCAGCAGGAAUCAUCGGGAUUUGAUUGUUUACCGUCCGAAAUGGCUUUCGUUUUCUUACAAAGGAGAUGAAAUCGAUACGUUUCAGGAACUUCCUUCCACUGCUCAGAAGUUUGAGAGCUUCUUCAACUUGAUUUAUUCCGUCUCCCUUGCUUCCUGCAAUGAGCUUAUCUGUAAGGACUUCUUUCUUUACAUGGAGAGUAACCGAUUUGGGCUUUUUGCUACUUCUACUGCUCAAAUCCAAGACGCUCCGGCCGUUGGUGGUGCUGUUCCGGGAGUUCCUUCUAUAGAGAAAAUUACGUUUCACCUACUGAGAUUGGAGGAUGGAGAAAUUCUUGACGUGAAGGUGUUUGUCAAUGAUUUUGUGAAUUUGGCUCACAAUACGGGCGUCUUCCUCUACGAUGAUCUAUUGUCUAUUGUGUCCCUACGCUACCAGAUUGUACACAUUCUUCAAAUUAGAGAUUCCGGCCACCUUGUUGAUGUACGAGCCAUUGGCGCUUUUUGUCGUGAUGAUGAUGAACUUUUUCUCAAUUCUAGCUCUCAGUGUGUGGGGGUACCUGAAAGAAGAUUGCUUGCGGGUAAUGUUGAGAAUGGUUUCCAUCAUAACCCGCCCAACACUGACAAUUCUUUUCUGAGUGGUCUCAAACAACGCUUGCUAUCGUUUAUAUUCCGCAGAAUAUGGAAUGAAGAAUCAGAUCAUCGCUUGAGGGUUCAGUGUUUGACGAAGAGUUUCUACUUUCAUUUUCAAGACUAUGUCGACUUGAUUAUUUGGAAGGUACAAUUCUUGGACCGGCAACACUUGCUGCUCAAGCUUGGGAGUGUGGAUGGAGGGGUUUCACGAAUGGCUGAUCACCACCGGGCAUUUUUUGCUGUAUAUGACAUGGAGACCACUGAAAUUGUUGCUUUUUAUCAGAAUUCAGCAGACGACCUUUACCUUCUAUUCGAGCGUUUUUGUAAUCACUUCCAUGCAGCAUCAAGAAAUUCACUGUGCAUGAAUUUCAUAUCCUCGCACUCCAAUAACAUUCAUGCUCAAGAACAACUAAGAAGCUUGAAAAAUAAAGCAGCCAGCUACUCACAGUUUGUGAAGAAGAUGCUGGUAUCUUUGCCGUUCAAUUGCCAAUCACAGAGCCCAUCUCCCUACUUUGACUUAUCUCUUUUUCGUUAUGAUGAAAAGCUGAUAUCCGCAACCGACCGGCACAGACAGUCAACGGAUCAUCCUAUAAAAUUUAUUUUAAGACGGCCACCUUAUUCCCUCAGAUUCAAAAUUAAAUCAGGUCCGGAAGGUGGGAUAACAGAUGGACGAACAAAAGGGAUAUCGUCUUUUCUUUUUCAUCCAUUUUUGCCAUUAGCUCUCUCCAUCCAACAGACAACAUACUUGCAUCCUUCUGUUGUCAAUAUUCACUUCCGGAGAUAAUAAUUAAAAAAAAAAUAUAUCAUUUUUCAACACCAAAAAUGUACAUAAAAACAAUAUAUAUUUUCCUAGUUACUAUUGUGUUGCGGCUUUUUCAGGUUUUAAUUUUUGAAACUGAGUGUUGAUUAUUCAGGCCUCUCUGGCAUGCCAAUUGUCCCCAAACUGUACACUUUUGGUCCUUCCCCAUUAUCUUUUUGCUCCCAAAUGAAGGCUAUUGUUCUGUAUUUUAUUAUUAUUAUUAUUUUGAAUAAAACUCGGUUUAGAGGAAAAACAAUAAUGGGUAA